CCGGACGGAAGGAGGAACCCUGCAUCGGCGCAAGCACAGUCUCGGUUUUUUUUAGGGGACGGCUCAAGCAGGGUUGUCAAAGGCGGUACAAGACGGUAGACAAGAAGUGUCGUCCGAUGCCCGUCCUCGUUACUGAAGACGAGGAAGCAUACUAUGAGAGGGAGCGAUGGUUGAUACGGCGAAUGAGGGAGAGUGCGCUAGUAGGGCCAUGUCGUAUCAACGAAGGGAAUGAGGGGGAGUUGAUUAUAGGGGAACCAGAUUUCCUGCUGCCUCAGGAGCGGACAUUGAUGGUGGAGUUGAUGAAAAGGAGGCAUCGCGCCUAUGCGUUUAGUGACGAGGAGCGUGGCAGGCUGGAUGUGGACAAGAUACCUAUGAUCCGCAUCCACACCGUGCCACACGAGCCUUGGAACAUGAGAGGGGCGCGAUAUCCUAAUCCUGACGAGGAAAAGAAGGUGGUGGAUUACCUCAACGGCAAGAUACGUACGCACGUCGCCGACUAUUCGAGUGAACCGUAUGCAUCCCCGUGGUUCUGCUUCAUCAAGCCGAACGGGAUGCUGCGGUGGGUGCAAGAUUUGCAGAGGCUGAAUGCGGUGACCGUGCGGGAUGCUGGAGGAUUGCCCAAUGCAAACGCCCUGUCGGAAUCCUGUGUUGGAAGGCCUAUAAUUUCGCUUAUAGACCUUUACUCAGGAUAUGAUCAGUUUUCGGUCUACCCGUCAGACAGGCCGGUGCCGGCUAUGCACACGCCGCGAGGGUUAAUCCACAUGAAUGUGGCCCCACAAGGGUGGACCAACGCGGUAGCAAUGGUCCAACGGGCCAUGAGUCGUGUUAUGCAGUCAGUCAGCCCUCAUAUCACACAACCAUAUAUCGAUGAUUUGGCAGUGAAAGGGCCGUCAAUGAAGGAGAGCGACGAAGUCUCGCCAGGGAUAAGACGCUUUGUUUGGAAGCACAUCCAGGACCUUGAAAAGGUCCUGAGCCUGCUCGAGGAGCAUAACCUUACGGCAAGCGGGGCCAAAUCCAGACACUGCAUGAGGGAAACAACUAUCCUAGGGUUCGUCUGCAGCGAGAAGGGCCGGAGGCCGGAUGUGAAGAAGACGGACAAGAUUACUGAGUGGCCUGUUCCGUUCCACUCAAUAACUGAUGUCAGGAGCUUCCUUGGAAAGGAAAGUCCCUUGCGAUUUGAGAGUCGAACUCUCUGUACGACGGAGAGGAACUACUCUCAGUUCAAGAGGGAGACCCUUGCUGUCCUUCAUUGUCUGCGAAUCUUCCGAAACUAUAUCUUCCGCAGGAGGUUUGUUUUGAGAGUGGAUCCGACCGCCCUGGCCCACUCUCUAAGGAAUUACGUUCCAUCGGAUCUGACGGUUGCCAGAUGGCUGACAUACAUCUGGAUGUUCAACUUCGAGUUGGAACGUAUUCCUGGUAGCAAGAACCGGGCGGACGGGCUGAGUCGUAUCAACUGGGAUAACCAGGAAGGAGAGGCGGUGGRGAAUACGCCCCCAGUUGAUGGAUUUCUGGAUCAGGARGAASAUGUUCGUSUCCACAUCAACAAGUKGUCGCCGCGAGUACCYAGCUGURUARGCUAYCCUAUCUGRCAGGCGCCGAAUGGGUAUGAAAGGAGGGUCGAGCUAGUCCUCAAACCCUUUGAAGAAGAAGAUCCCUGGGGUGGUAAGAAUGUUCAGUGGAUGAUGGAGCUAGCGCUGGCCAGCUCGCAUAGCCUGGUGGAGGAUAUGAGGGCGAUUGAGGAAGGGUCUGGCCAGGUAGAACGGCAUGAGGACCUGAUGGGAGGAAUGUAUCUCCUCGUCAACACGUUAUUGCAGGAAAGCCCCGACCAGUCAGGCUCGUUGAACCCGACAGGGAAUGUGGACGAAGUGCCCGAAAGCCAGGACGACGAGUUCGAGGAGGGGGAGAUUAAGGAGGCUUUUCGUGCAGAGGAGUAUGACGGGAUCUACCUAGAGCURGGGYUUYUUCUGUCAUGUGAAAUACGGCUAAGGGAUGCAAGCGAUAGGGCUCAGAGAAUGCUGCARCGCUACUUAGUGCGAGACGGCCACCUUUUCGUGAGAAGAGAAGUGGGGAAUCCCAGGAGAGUCGUCUGCGGUAGGAAUCGUCAGAUCGACGUUGUGACAGCGCUUCACGAUGGCAUUGCAGGAGGGCAUCGAGGGGUACAAGCCACAUAUGCCAAGAUAAGUGAGUUGUACUACUGGGAUGGGAUGAUGGACAUGGUCGGAAAAUUUUGCCGAUCUUGCGUACCUUGCCAGGAGAGAUCCCGUUUAAGGCAAGGAGAGCCGCUGCAUCCGAGGCUAGAGCGAGAGGUGGGGGUUGUAGUGCAUCUCGAUUUACUUUUCAUGCCGCUUGGGGAUCAGGGCUAUAACUAUGUCUUCGAUGCGCGCGAUAACUUGUCUGGGUUCGUAGACGGGCGUGCUAUUCGCACAAAGACCGGGUUAGUCCUGGUGAGCUGCAUCGAGGAGUACUAUCUGCGCUACCCUUUCGUCAGGGAAUUCGUAAUGGACAGGGGAUCGGAGUUUACCUGCCAGGAGGUGCAAGAAUUGUUAUCAAGGUCUGACUUUCCGAAGACAGCCAUACCAAGAGGAGGGAGGGGGACACGGCCGCCUCGGAGGCCGUUGGGAGCAUCAGGAGGAUAUGAGCGGCAUGGGCCUCACCAUCGAAAGAGUACUCCGGUGUACGAUGAUGGGGACAUCGAGCUAUUCCUUGACAACUUUUGGGAUCAUGCGAGGCGUAUGGGCUGGACCGUGGCCCAGGCGAUUGAGAGAUUGAGGGGAGCAGGCAGGUUCGAGGAGCCCGUCGCGAGGAUCCGUAGGGAGGCGACGACGAGAUCAGAGGUGGAGUGGAGGAUGCAGGAGYURCRACCCUCGCCUSUGGGACCUGAUGGCAGGCCGAUCCGCMUGGAGAUUGGAAAUGCGUCGGACUUCAUCCCCGCGUUUGAGUGGUUCAUGCAGGGGCAGGUGGAGUUCCACCGAUUUACCGCGGGAGGAUUGAGGAGGAGGUCGCCAGCUCGUGCACAGGAGGAGCUAUCAGCAUCUGAGGGGCCCUUGAGGGAGUUGGAGACGCAUUUGGAUAUCUCUCGGUGGAGGGCGUCACAUCGGGGUGAGGAGUCUGGAGAGCAGGCAGAGGAGGCGCCACAAGAGGAGGUGCCACGAGAGGAGGUCCCACGGGAGGAGGUGCCACGAGAGGAGGUGCCACGGGAGGAGAGAUCGGAGGCAGCAGGAGCACUCCCAGGUCAGCCACCCAGCGCGCCAGCUAGGGCUCCGGAGAUCCCUGAGAUGUGGAGGGACUUUUGGGAGCAGAGAGGAGAGAAGCUUCCUUCGCCAGUCAGAGUCAGGUUUGGGGUGACAAGGAAGGCAGAAGAAAGGUUGGAUUGCAAGAUCAAGUUCCUGGCCAAGACAACUUUUGACCGGCACUUGUUGUUGGAGAGCGAUCUGGCAGAGAAGAAGAUGAAGGAAGCCGGCCAUGGAGUACGCCUGGAGGCUAUGGAGGUGGAAAUCCAAGAGCUCAGGGCAUUGGUGGUCAGUCAGGCACUUAUCAUCGAGAGCCUGAGGCAGCAAUCUCAGGGAGAAGUGGACAAGCCAAAGAGCAGCCAGCAGGGGGAACAGAGGCAGGCAGGGCAUAAGUCAGCAGAGCAGCCACGCCAAAGAUCGCCCAUGGGGAGAGUCAUCAUGGAGCCAGAGGAGGCAAAGGCCACGAGGGAGGCAGAGAGAAGAGCUUUUGAGUUUAGGACUCCUACAGAGCUCAGCACUCUGCCUAUUAUGCCCGCAGAGCCUGUUUUGCCCAUACCUGUUGAGGAGGGUUUGCCAGUGAUUAGCAGUGGGCUGGCUCAGGGCUCAGCUGGGGAGUCCAUGGAUGUACUCUUAGAGGCGAUAGAUACCAUGCAAGAGGAGGCGAGCUUGUUCUCACCUGAGCAGAGAUUGGACGAGCCUCUGGAGAGUGCAUUGAGAGUUGAGACCAGGGAUGCUGCUGAGGGCAGGCCACAGAGAUUGGACCCACCUGAGUAUAGGCCAGAGGGGGUUGGGAUUCGAUCGCAGUCGAGUACUCAGGAGUUGGAGAGSAAGCCUGAGGGGCCCUCGGACGUGCCUUUGAGUUUUGAGCUGAGCAGGGAGGCUAGCGAGGCACCAUCCUCUCCUGGAUCUCAAAUGGGGAAGAAGAAAGGGAAAAAGAGGCAUGAUGAUUCCUGCUUCUAUUGUAAGAAGGAAGGUCACAGAGCCUAGGAUUGUCCUAAGUUCCUGAAGGACGAGGCCGAUGGAAAAGUGACUAGAAGGAAUGGGAAGAUGUACGAUAGGCAGGGGAGAGUAGUAGAGAGAUCUGCAGAUGGAGGUAGGGCUCAAUUGUAUAGGCAGAACCAGGAGGAGAUGAGUGAGUAGGGCUGGUCUACCUAUAUGAUUGACAUGUUGUAUAUAGGAUCUGAGUUUAGAAUGGA